CAAGUCCGGCUGCGAGAGGAGGAGGAGGAUUGGACAUGGGACUGGCAAUCCCAUCCCGUAAAAACACAGAGCUCCAGACACACCCACAGAAGCUUCAGAGACCUCAGCCCUGGGAGAGGAAGGAGAAGGUGGACUACACCUGGGGACAAUGUGAAAAACUAUCCCAGGAGAGAGGACUCUAGUCAGCAGCCUGUGCCCCAGUAGCGGUUGUGAGCUUAACCAAGCGAUACUGUGACCGUCAGGGCGAGAUGUCACAAGUGACCACAAUGGUUAACAUCAAAGGAAAUUCAAUUCACAUCACUGUGAGAUCAGCAGCUUGGUAACUGAAAUAAUGAGGAGGUUUACAGAGGGACAGGCAGGCUGAAGCCACAGUAACUGAGGAUGCUUCGCUUUGCUCUCACACCCCAAAGAUGCUCAACUCGGGUUCUCUUGAAGACCUUGACCUGGAGUUACACACAGACUUCGGUUCUUUGCGGGAAUGGGACCCGUUCUCGGGGUUUCAGGACUGGCCGACGUUCGGCACGCCAAGGGUUUGGCCUGAGAGGCGGCCUAGUGUUUGGAAGCCGAAGAUCUUGGGGCUCUGGAGACAGGCGGAUCGAGGGUUGGUGUCACGGCAGGAGACUUGUGUGUCAUGGGAGAGGCUGGCAAACCUUCCGCUGUGGGCCCGAAGACCCGAGACCCGAGCUAAGCAGACCUUCAAGGUCGGAGGAGGCGAGGCAGGUGAAGGAGCGAGUGCGGGGACCAGCUGAGAAGGAGCAGCUGAUUUAAAAAACCGUUCUUAAGCAGCGAGCUAACCAGACCUUCGAGGUCGGAGGAGGCGAGGCAGGUGAAGCUAAUUACUGAAAUUAUCAGCUAAUAUCAGCAAGGCUCGCUCUAGGGGAGCGGCCUUGUCGAGGGAAGUGCCUUGUGAGAAAAGUGUGAGUCUUUGGCUCAGGAGUCUUUGGCGAGGAGGCUGAGAGAGGAGACUGCGCCACAGUUGGACAGGGUGAGAAGUGGAGAAGAGAUGACCGCUAGGCUGAUUCAGUGUGCUGCGUGCAUGAUGUGGGAGGUCAGGGACACUAAUGGUGCCUCUGGAUCCUACACCUGCGGAAAAUGUGUCCAGAUUCAGCUUCUGAGGGACCGUGUUCCAGCACUGGAGAGGCAACUGGAUGACGUCAGGUUAAUCCGGGAGAAGGAGAGUUUUCUGGACAGGACCCACAGUGAGGUCGUUACACCGAGGAUACUGGAAGAGAGAAGGGGGAGGACGAUGAGCAAGGAAAGGGUGCUUGAAGUACAGGAGACCCCGGGAGAUGUGCCUCUUGUAAACAGGUUCACCCUCUUGGAAGCUGUCGGGACAGAAGACAGUGCCAGUCUGAGAGGCGGACGGGUCUGCGAGUCAACAAUUGGCGCUGAGGUCCGAGGAGACAGACAUCAGGCAGAGCCAUGGUAGUAGGGGACUCCAUAGUGAGAGGUACAGAAAGGGGUUUCUGUGGCAACAGGCGAGAUUUAAGGAUGGUGUGUUGCCUCCCUGGUGCCCGGAUCCAGGAUGUCACGGACCGGGUGCAGGGAAUCCUCAAGAGUGAAGGUGAAGAUCCGGAAGUGGUGGUGCAUGUGGGCACAAAUGACGUGGGGAAGAACGGGAAAGACAUUUUACAGCGCGACUUCAGAGAACUCGGAAGAAGGCUGAAAAGUAGGACUUCCAGGGUGGUUAUCUCCGGUUUGCUUCCAGUUCCUCGUGCUGGACUGGUCAAGAACAGGGAGAUAAUGGAUCUGAAUAUGUGGCUGAGGAACUGGUGCAGGAAGCAAGGAUUUACAUUCUUGGACCAUUGGCGUAUGUUUCGGGACCGAGGUGAUCCCGGUCUUUUGCUCAGCGAGAGAUGGAGAGAGAAGAUGCCAGAAAGGAGAGGUCGCAGACGCCAGGAUGAAGUGAGGCUGGGAGUCGAUGAAGCCCAGGGAAAUCAAUGGAGGACCAAUGGAAGGGAAACCAACACUCACAACACGCUGGAGGAACUCAGCAGGUCGGGCAGCAUCCAUGGAAAAGAUCAGUCGACGUUUCGGGCUGGAACCUUUCGUCAGGGAAACUAUUCUGCCUGAGCUGCUGAGGAUUUCAAAACCCUUCUGCCAGAUUCUGCCUGACCUGCUGAGGAUUUCAAAACCCUUCCUCCAGAUUCUGCCUGAGCUGCUGAGGAUUUCAAAACCCUUCUGCCAGAUUCUGCCUGACCUGCUGAGGAUUUCAAAACCCUUCCUCCAGAUUCUGCCUGAGCUGCUGAGGAUUUCAAAACCCUUCUGCACUUCCGUUUCAGAUUCCCAGCACCUGUGGGAGGAGAAGAUGGCGGCGCGAAGCAGCUCAGUGGUGAUAUCUGUUAUCUGUCAAGCAGGGUGCUGUGCACAAUCCUGAUUUGAUGGAGACGGACUUGAGAGCACGGAGGAACAUCUGGAGAAACUUCUGAAAUGCCUGCUUCGCUGCUGCUGCUACUGUGUGGUCCAGAAUCUCCGGAGGGGAAGGCCCCGAGUCCUCGGCUUUGCUUGUUGCUGGGCGGCCGGGGCAGGGUCGAAGCGCUCAGCAGAAAUGGUGCUCGGUGCCGGAGGCUCGAAGUUUUCAGACAGACUCAGAGUCCGCUGCGGUCGGGUGCUUCCAAUGGUGCUGCAUCGGCAAGUUGGCGGUGCUUGGAGGUUCAUGGCAGGGAGAGUUCCUCCCUUCUGCCACCUGCGUGAGAUGAUGAGGCUAUCGGGACUUUGAAACUUUUGUUAACCGUGCCCAUGGUCUGCUCUUUAUCAAAUUACGGUAUUGCUUGCACUGUUGUAACUAUAUGUUAUAAUUAUGUGGUUUUGUCAGUUUUAGUCUUGGUUUGUCCUGUGUUUCUGUGAUAUCAUUCUGGAGGAACAUUGUAUCAUUUUUCAAUGCAUGCAUUUCUAAAUGACAAUAAAUGAGGACUAAGUGUCCUCAUAAUCUAAUCUAAUCUAAUAAACUGAAC